AUGUCCACGGCUGCCAAGUACAUUGGCUCUCGCAUCAGCCUUAUAACCAAGUCCCAAAUUCGAUACGAGGGUAUUCUAUUUGCGCUAGACCAUGAAGCAUGCUCCGUAUCCAUAGAACAGGUUAAAUGCCUGGGAACGGAGGGCAGAAACAACGGUAUUCGCGAAAUAGCACCAUCCCCAACCAUUUACGAGAUGAUUGUUUUUCGCGCCUCCGACAUUAUCGAGCUAAAAAUUAUCAACGCUAGCCCGGUGGUGGAUCCAGCCAUCCUGUCAUCGUCGUCAACCCCAAGUCGCCCUGGCUCGGGAGGUAGCAAUGAUGCCACUGGCAAUAAAGCCGGUCCUGGCACGAAGGCAGCUAUCUCUAACCCAACUGAAAAGGACAAACCCAUGAUUUCAACGAUGCCAACGAUGACCAAAAUUAGCCACUUCUCAGCAGAGUCGACAAAGGCAUCAAAUGUAACUACACAAGCAAGCAACAAAUCGAGCGUUUCGCCAUCGAUUGAAAGAAAAGAAAAGCCAAUCGGCAAGACAGCAACUGUAGUCCCUCUAUCGACCGAGGAGUCUAAUCAAAAACUGCUGAGCACCUCAACAUCUUCGGUUACCAUUAUUGAUCCAGCGCCUUUGUCCAAGGCUAGCGAAUUAAAGCCAGCAAGGACAUACGAGCCCAUAGGCCAAAAGACAGAAGGAAAUGACAUUCGGCCAUUUUCUUCUUCCACGGGCACUUCAAACCCCCCACCUAUGCAGCAUGCAAAACCACAUCCUGUGACGACCCCAAAGGUCCAUGAAAAUAAAAGGGUACCAAGAGAGAGAAAAGCUGGGUUCCCUCGAGAAUUCGAUAUGGAUCGCGCAAACCGUCGAUUUGAAAAUAUUCUCGCAAAAGAUGGGCUUCCUGAGCCCCAAAUGCAAUCUACAUGCUAUGACUCGAAUGCAUCUUUUUUCGAUUCGCUUACAUCUACCGAUUUAUCGUCCACUGGUGGUUCAGCAAAUAAAUCGUCGGCUAGGAAAGACAUCCGUUUGAACGUAGAAACAUUUGGGACUGUAGCUUAUAGCACAAAACCCUCCUACUAUCAGAAGACCCCUUCAAAAGGCCACAAAAACACACGCAAGUACCCAGGAAAGGGUUCUGGUACUGGAAGCCAACCCCAAUUUCGACUCUCUUCAUCUUCAUCAGCUUAA